GGAACAGGAUCCGGGAGGAGCUGCUUUGCGCCCUGUAGGGUUGAUUGAAUAGGUACCAAGAGCUCAUGGCCGCCAUUGCAUUCGGAGCGAAAGACCUCAUCCGAUCUGCGUAAAUCCUGUGUAUUUUAUCCCUUCCCUCAUCGCUCUACAUCAUCAUUUGAAAUUUCAAGUUUAACGGACUUCAUUUCCCGACUGUAAGCCGACAAAACAAGCCGUAAAGAUGUCCGGUCUGUUCGGGAAAAAGUCCAAGAAGAAGAUGAAGCAGCAGCAGAAUGCAGCAGAAGCCGAGGCUGCACGGACAGAGAACUCCGUCAACUCUCCCUCCGCUCAGAACAAAAUGUCCGGUCCGUCUGUUCCCGCGCCCAUGCAGCCCAACGUUAGGCCAAAACUGGUGUUCCACACACAGCUUGCACAUGGCAGUCCAACUGCGAGGAUAGAAGGUUUCACCAAUGUAAAGGAACUCUACACUGAAAUAGCCAAAGCCUUCAAUAUACCAGCAGAUGAGAUCUUAUUCUGCACCCUGAACACUCACAAGUUGGACAUGUCCAGGCUGCUGGGGGGACAGAUUGGACUGGAAGACUUCAUCUUUGCACACUGCAGAGGACAGACCAAGGACAUAGAGGUAACAAAAUCAGCACCAGCCCUUGGUCUGACGAUAACAGAUAAUGGAGCCGGCUACGCCUUUAUCAAACGUAUCAAGGAAGACUCCAUCAUGGACAACGUCAAGACUGUGUGCGUGGGAGAUCACAUUGAAGCUAUCCAGGGGACCAACUUGGUGGGUGCUCGGCAUUAUGAGGUGGCCAAAAGGUUAAAGGAUCUGCAGGAGGGAACCACCUUCACCAUCAGGCUGGUGGAGCCCAGAAAGGCAUUCGCUGAUAUUGCUCCCAGAUCCAGUAAGCAGGGUGCCCAGACGGAAGCUGCCCCACAGAAGGUGGGAACAGGCAAGCAGACCCUCAGGAUGAGGUCCAAGGGACCGGCUACUGUGGAGGAUGCUCCUACAGAAUUUGAAGAGCGGGCAGCUAGGAAGAUAGACGACCUGUUGGAGUCAUUCAUGGGCAUCAGAGACAUGGAACUGGCUGAGACAAUGGUGGACAUAUGUAAGACGAAAAACAACCCAGAUGAGUUUGCGCAGGCACUAGACGACAGGCUGGGAGAGUUUGCCUUCCCAGAUGAGUUCAUCUUUGAUGUAUGGGGAGCGAUCUCAGACGCCAAGAUGGGCAGGAUUUGACGACAAGGUCGUUAUAACCCUACAAAGGGUACCAAGAAACCUCCGCCUCCUUGGUUAAUGCAGGACACAGAAUUGUACAAUGAAGUCGUUUUGGUAGAAAGUAUGAAAAGUAAUCUGUUUUGUAAUAAUGUAAGUGAAAGAUGGUUUCUUCAUAAUGGCAACAUUAACAUCUACCUGUUUUUAGAUGGAAUCCAUUCAAAAGUGACCUAAAUGAUGCUCAAGUCAAGAGAGGAUGAAACUCAUCAAAAUUGGCCAGAAGCAAAGUUUGAUAGAAAUAUUUCAAAAAACAGCUUCACUUUUCUCCACAAACAAGUUUGUGACAAUGAGUUGAUAAAUCUAAAUGCAUAAUUCAUAAGAAUGUAUUAAAUUUUCUAAAAGUUGCAUACAACAUAUCCGUGUUUCAGAUCUAUUCUUAUUGAAAUAAGAGGAACAUUUUUAUAUCAAUCACUGAAUUACCAUUUUGGAACACAAUAUUUUUCUAUUCAUUUAAUAUGACUAAAUGAAAUAGACUAUGAUCAUAUUUAUCCUACAAUGAAGCUCUAAUAUAUGAAUUGACAGUAUGUAAUUAUUUCAGAAGAUUUUAAUUAAUUUUAACAUCAAUUUCUGGAAAGGUCUGUAAAGGUUAUUUACAGCAAAUCAAAGUGGGAUCUGGAUGUACAAAGUUUUUAAAUCUUAGAAUCUUUGACAAUCAAAGUUUAAUCAAUCUGUGCCUUAUUAAUCCAGCCUGAUGAAAAUUAAUCUUGGUAUACAUGUAUAAUGUAACUGUGAGUGUUGUGUAAUGAUAGGUGUUAGUUUGAAAGUAGCAAUCUUGAAUAUGAUUAUAAAUCAAGCGUGAAUGAUGCCAAGUGUGAAGAAGGGAAUGAGUAGGGGGAAGUGUUCUUGGCAGCUUGAGGAGGGGGGUGGCAGAUUUGAGAUGACUGAAAAGGGAAUAAUAUUGUGGCUUUAGUUCUAAGCUCUGCCCAUCACAUGAAAGGUAACUUACUCUUAUCACUGACCAUGUUUCUAAAUUGUCCCGAUGUGUGGAAAUGGAAAUCAAGUUAGAACCAAGUUGAAAAUGAUGUUGGCCAAUUUUUGACCAAGAAAGAUCAAGAAAUUUGUUGCCUUAUACUACUUAAAGAUACGGCUUAAAGAUAUGGUUUUGACCAAGGAGGUUCCUUUUGUUGUUUGAAGCAGAACUGUCCAAUGGCAAUUGCUUAUUAUUCAACUGGUCAGAACCUGUUGUAAAAAGUGCCUUUUUAGUAAUCUAGUAACCUUCUAGUUUGCUUACAGAAUGUGUUAUGACAAAAGAGGCAUUUUUGAGGGUGUAAUGUAACUCAAAUGUCAUUUAGCCCACCAACAACCUCGUACAUAAAUUUUGGAUUUUUGGAUGCAUACCUUCUUUCCUGUUUGGCUUUCUUUUUCUAGACUGCUCUGUAACCACUGUGUGGACCAUUAAUUGUGUUAAAUUACCCAAAAUUACCCAAAUAUCCACAAUGUCCUAUUGGGUUUGAAAAAGUCUUUUCUCUAAUCCAAAUCUACUAUGCUGGGACUAAUAUAUUAUGUAAUGAAUGUUUGAAUAUCUUAGUAUAAUAACUAUUUUGCGUGUCAAAAAGAAGUACCAGCUAUCCAAGACAAAAUCACUGCUGUCUUUAACAAGUUUUUACAAGUUUGUAAUUGCUACCAGCCAGAGGACACAAUUCUUAUAGUCUUUUCACAUAUCAAAUGUAAUAGCACGUGCCUUGUGACAUGUUAACCUUAAACAUAGCAGUCAUUUUCAGUACAAUCUAACGGUAAGAAAUGUCAUUGAAGUGCUGUUCAGAUUCAAGAACAAGGUAAAAAAAGUUGUUGCAAGAUUCAUUCUCUGACGUGAAUGUUAGUGAAAAACAUCUGGGCAGUCAAGUUUACCUAGUACACACCAGGAUGCUUUAUCUUUUUCAUGCAAAGAUUAUUAUUUGGUACCAUGUUUACAUUGGUUAAGAUGUUCGCCUGUAUGGAGAAGGGUUAAUACAACAAGCCACAAUGAACAAAUAUCAACUGUAACCUUCUUUCAACUCUACACUGACAAUUUCAUCUCCUAGUGUUUUGUAUUAUCUAUUGUGGUACAAGAGAAGAUCCUUUGUCAAGUCUUUGAUUUUUGGUUGGUACCAAGGAGUAAUAUGUAGUACUUGUAACAUAAGAAAUAUGUUGUAAUUAUUAUUAAAGUAAUCAUUAUUUAAUGUUUGAAUAUAUUGUGAAUGUGUAGCCUGGUAUGUGAGACAUUCUGAUUUGCAAUAAUUGCAAACUAAUGGGAAGAAUAUUGAGGAAAUUUUUUGCAAUGACUAUAUAUUAGAAAUAAUGUUGGACUGUGUUGUAGCCAGUAGAGCCUGUGUACCUGAAACACACUGAACUGGAAGGACUGGUCAAUUCAAGUGUUUUACCACAAUAAAUUUUCCCAAGUCAAUG